GCGAGCCGCCUCACCUCCGCGCCCCGCGGGAGCCGCCUCACGGCCGGCCCGGCCGGCCCCGACAUGGACCUGGAGAGCAAAGUGAAGAAGAUGGGCUUGGGCCACGAGGAAGGGUUUGGUGCCCCCUGCUUAAAAUGCAAGGAUAAGUGUGAAGGAUUUGAGCUUCAUUACUGGAGAAAAAUAUGCCGCAACUGCAAAUGUGGCCAGGAAGAGCAUGAUAUCCUCUCAAGCAAUGAGGAAGAUCGGAAAGUGGGGAAACUCUUUGAAGACACAAAAUACACGACCCUUAUUGCAAAGCUGAAGAAUGAUGGCAAUCCCGUGUAUAAACGCAAUGUAAUGAUACUGACCAAUCCAGUGCCAGCCAAGAAGAACAUAUCCAUCAAUACUGUGACUUAUGAGUGGGCUCCUCCUGUUCAGAAUCAGACACUUGCUAGACAGUACAUGCAGAUGCUACCAAAGGAGAAGCAGCCUGUUGCUGGCUCGGAAGGCGCGCAGUACAGGAAGAAGCAGUUGGCUAAGCAGCUGCCUGCUCACGAUCAAGAUCCUUCAAAAUGCCACGAGCUCUCCCCCAAUGAAGUUAAGCAGAUGGAACAAUUUGUGAAGAAGUACAAAAACGAGGCACUUGGUGUAGGAGAUGUCAAGCUCCCUGGUGAUGUGGAAGCAAGAGCUGCUGACGAGAAUAACCUGAAGGAUGGCGACAGAGGCACCUCAUCUGCUGUAGGAGCAAUGGAGGACAAGUCCUCAGAUCAGAAAGCAUCUCAGUAUUCCUGCUAUCACUGCAAACUGAACAUGAAAGAAGGUGACCCAGCUGUCUAUGCAGAACGUGCUGGAUAUGACAAAUUGUGGCACCCAGCUUGUUUUGUCUGUUGCACCUGCAGUGAACUUCUAGUAGACAUGAUCUAUUUCUGGAAGAAUGGUAACCUGUACUGUGGAAGACAUUACUGCGAUAGUGAGAAACCCCGCUGUGCUGGAUGUGAUGAGCUAAUAUUCAGCAAUGAAUAUACUCAGGCGGAAGGUCAAAACUGGCAUCUGAAACACUUCUGCUGUUUUGAUUGUGAUUGUGUUUUGGCUGGGGAAAUCUAUGUAGUGGUGAAUGACAAGCCAGUCUGCAAAUCCUGCUACGUGAAGAACCACGCUGAGAUCUGCCAAGGCUGUCAUAAUGCUAUAGAUCCAGAAGUUCAGCGUGUGACAUACAACAACUUCAACUGGCAUGCUACUCAGGAGUGCUUCCUGUGUUCCUGUUGCAGCAAGUGUCUAAUUGACCAGAAGUUCAUACCUGUGGAAGGGAUGGUUUUUUGCUCAGUGGAAUGUAAGAAAAAGAUGAUGUCAUAACACAUGCACAGAACCAACCAAGCAUUGCUGUGUUCCAAAGGCUCUUGCAUUUCUACUGUAAAAUAUAUAGUAUCAGGGCAUUUGAAGUUAUUCAAAGUAUUAAAUAGCAAUUCCCAAAGAUUUUUUUUUUUUUUUUUAUUACUAAAACUUCCUAUGUAAUCUUCAUUUCUCAGCUAUAAUAAUACUUUCUUUUUUGGAAUACUGUUCCUGAGUUUUAUAUCAAAUUACUUCACAUCCCAGAAAUAUAAGAAAAAAUGCGUUAGGAACUACAUACACUUUAAAGGAGCUCUUCACUGUGAAGGAUCUUUUUGCUGCAUCUUGUCUAAUGGAACAAAGAAAUUGUGAAAAUCCUCCAGUUUAUCCUGGUUUGUAUGAUAAAUGUAACUCUUACACCUCUGGUUUCACUAAUUUAUCAUUUUUAUAGUUUCCCUGCUUUCAUCAAGCACUUUAGACAAAAUGAUCAGUUUUACUGGCACGUACAGCUUUGUUCACCUGACCUCAAGUAUGCAGGGAGAAUGACACUUGAAAAAAAGUUUGCCUGUAAUCAUUUGCUUGUUUUUGACACAUGGGUUCUUGAGGGGUAGUGACUACUCUUGCAUCUAGUUUUGAAAGCAACUCCACCAGCAGAAAACUCUGUUGGCUCGUAUUUCUCUCUUACAACUGUUUGUGCUUGGAAAAGUUUUAAUUUUAUGAAUACUGAAGUUAGGUUAUGGACUAGGGGGAGAGUGUUGGUGUUAGAAAAUAAGAGCAGGUCUUGCCUAGAUUUAAAAAAAAAAUCCACCAGGAGUAGUGUGUGACUCUUAGCCUUUCUAAACUGGCUUCUGUUUUAUUUCAUGAAUGUUCUUUUCCUAAAUUGUGCCUUCUAUCAGAGGGAUGUGGCACACAAUACUGUAUGCAUUUCCAAGAAUGUAUUUCUGCAAAAGGAUCCUGCUUAGCCUUUUGAUUUUUAAGUUCUUAACCAAAGCACAAAGAAGCCUUUCCCAAAAGACUUCAGUAUUUGAGUGAAAAAAUUCACAGCUGUGUAUUACCUUUGCUUACUAGAUAAACCAAAUGUGGGCUAUUUCUUUUUCUUAAGAAUUACAGAUCUACAGUGAAGCAUUUUAGUUAUCUUUGUGCCAAACACUGAAUGGGGAGUCUUUGGCCUAAAAACAUAAUAAAAUAGCUGAUUUUUAAAAAAAAAGCCGUGCAAGUCUUAUGUUCAGCUCUUUUAUGUUUUACGGCGACUGUAUUGUAACAUUUACAAAUAAAAUUAGUGUUGUUCACUUA